AUGCCCGUCCUCCCGCCUGGCGGCUUCGGGGCGCUCUUCUCUCACUCGACCCGGCCUCAAACCUGCCGCUCCGCUCAACCCUGCUGGUCCGGGCCGCUCUGCUACGCCAUGGAUCCCGUCUCGCCUACUCCCAACACCGGUACCAACGAUUCUGGGAUCUAUGAAACUCCCGUGCUCCCCCCCUCCGUUGACCGUUGGAACACCUCCGGCCUGCUGACUCGCCUCUACCGCCGGCCGACACCCCUCACCGGCUCACUGUACGACGACGAUGGCGACGACGACGACGAUUUGACGACCGGUUCCGCUCCGCUGGUCGCGGUGCCUCUCUCGCCGCGGCUCAACUUAACCGACGCCGUCACGCUGGCGGCUAUGCGUGUCGGCGCCGCGCGCGAUCCGGCUCAUCUGAUGCGCAUGGACGACUUGAUCUCGGCGCAUGUGGCGUCUGGCGCCACGGUCCGUUGCACAUGCACCGACCGGCUCUCUUCUCCUCCCUGUCCCGUGUGCUCGUCAGGCCUGCCCGGCGCCUCGGAGACCCAAGCCAAUCGCGACUUUUUGGUCGUGCAAAUGUCUGAUGAGAUUCAGGAGAUCAUCCGUGGCCUCCAGUUGACCAGUAACGAUGACUCCGCCGAGUGGUUCGACGACGGACUGGCGGCCAUGCGUGCGGCCAAGACCACUUUGGACAGCAGAUUGCAGUUCGCCAAC